GUAGCGCGCGGGGGCGGAGCGGCGGCGUGACGGCGGAACGGCGGCCACGGGAACGGCCGUCGGGGCCAUGGCGCAGCGCUACCUGCUGCUGGCGCUGGGCGGCCGGCGGCGGCUGCCCGGGGUGCUGUUGCAGCAGCUGCUGUGCGGGAGAGGCCUGCCGCUGCCGCGGCCCCGCCCGGCACAGCCUCAUGAAAGUGCUUCCACCGGUGUUAUGACUGACAGAAGAACAGUCUUGGCAAGUGUCAUUGCUGCUUGCAGAAGGCUCUUCUCACAACCUCCCAAAGGAUUUGAAAAAUAUUUUCCCAAUGGGAAGAAACCAAAUGCAACUAAAGGUUCAGCUGGAGAAACAAAAGAAGCAAAGCAAGCUGGUGCCCGACAGCCAAGUGGGACUGGUAGUGGGGGAGGCAGCAGUGGUGGGAAGAAAGGCGGCAAGAAAGAAGAUGCUAACUGGUGGACCAGACUGCAGAAGGGUGACAUUCCUUGGGAUGUCAGAGAGUUUCGUAUGUACGUAGUGGGAAGUUCAUUUUUCUGGACGAUGGUUGUUUAUUACUUCUUCUUCAGGGUCCCUGGGAGAGAAAUCACCUGGAAAGACUUUGUUAAUAACUACCUUUCUAAAGGAGUGGUGGACAGACUGGAAGUGGUGAACAAGCGCUUUGUUAGAGUGAUCUUUGUGCCAGGAAAGUCUCCUCACGAAUGGCAGUAUGUCUGGUUUAAUAUCGGUAGUGUGGACACUUUCGAACGAAAUCUUGAAACUGUACAGCAAGACCUGGGUAUAGAAGUGGAGAACAGGCUGCCUGUAGUCUACUCAACAGAGAGUGAUGGAUCGUUUCUCCUGAGUUUGCUGCCUACAAUCCUUAUUAUUGGUUCUUUAUUGUACACAUUAAGAAGAGGUCCUGCAGGCUUAGGUCGAGGAGGACGUGGAAUGGGUGGACUUUUCAGUGUGGGUGAAACCACAGCCAAAGUCCUUAAGGAUGAGAUAGAUGUCAAAUUCAAAGACGUAGCUGGCUGUGAGGAAGCCAAAUUAGAGAUAAUGGAGUUUGUUAACUUUCUGAAAAAUCCCAAGCAAUAUGAGGAUCUGGGAGCAAAAAUUCCAAAGGGGGCAAUUUUGACAGGUCCUCCAGGUACUGGAAAAACACUUCUUGCUAAAGCUACUGCUGGAGAAGCUAAUGUACCAUUUAUCACAGUCAAUGGCUCAGAGUUCUUGGAGAUGUUUGUUGGUGUGGGUCCAGCUCGAGUUCGAGACUUAUUUGCUCUUGCUCGUAAAAAUGCCCCGUGCAUCCUCUUCAUUGAUGAAAUAGAUGCAGUAGGAAGGAAGAGAGGAAGAGGCAACUUUGGAGGACAGAGCGAACAAGAGAACACGCUCAAUCAGCUUCUAGUAGAAAUGGAUGGCUUUAAUACCACCACGAAUGUAGUAAUUCUGGCAGGUACUAACAGGCCAGAUAUCUUAGACCCUGCUCUAAUGAGACCAGGACGCUUUGACAGACAGAUCUACAUUGGCCCUCCAGAUAUAAAAGGAAGAGCAUCCAUUUUCAAAGUUCACCUUAGACCUCUCAAAUUAGAUACAGUCUUAGAUAAAGAUAACCUAGCAAGAAAACUCGCAUCGCUAACACCUGGUUUUUCAGGUGCUGAUAUUGCCAAUGUUUGUAAUGAAGCUGCACUAAUUGCUGCACGGCAUCUCUCAGAUGCUAUAAACCAAAAGCAUUUUGAGCAAGCAAUUGAAAGAGUGAUUGGAGGUUUGGAAAAGAAAACUCAAGUUCUGCAACCAGAGGAGAAAAAGACAGUAGCAUAUCAUGAGGCAGGGCAUGCAGUUGCAGGAUGGUUUUUGGAGCAUGCUGACCCACUCUUAAAGGUAUCUAUUAUCCCUCGUGGUAAAGGACUGGGUUAUGCUCAGUAUUUACCCAAAGAGCAGUAUCUUUAUACCAAAGAGCAACUACUUGACAGAAUGUGUAUGACACUGGGUGGACGUGUAUCUGAGCAAAUCUUCUUUGGAAGAAUUACAACCGGUGCUCAAGAUGACUUGAAGAAGGUGACACAGAGUGCAUAUGCUCAGAUUGUCCAGUUUGGUAUGAAUGAAAAAGUUGGGCAGAUUUCCUUCGACCUCCCUCGUCAAGGAGACAUGGUAUUAGAGAAACCCUAUAGUGAGGCAACUGCCAGAAUGAUAGAUGAAGAAGUUCGGUCACUUAUUAACAUUGCUUAUGAGAGGACAUUAUCUCUUCUGACCGAGAAGAAAGCAGAAGUAGAAAAGGUUGCCCUACGACUACUGGAGAAGGAAGUGCUUGAUAAAAGCGAUAUGGUAGACUUGCUUGGCCCAAGACCAUUUGCAGAGAAGUCCACUUACGAAGAAUUUGUUGAAGGGACGGGAAGUUUGGAUGAGGAUACUUCUCUACCAGAAGGCCUUAAAGACUGGAACAAAAAGCGUGAAAAAGAGAAAGAAGAGACAACAGAUGAAGAGGUUGUUAGGCAGAUCAGAGGAGGGAUGCCAUUUUAACUGCCAAGUGUGUGGUGAUGCUGACUUGCACUCUGGAAGAGAAAUAAACUCACCUAGUUUGUACUUCCAAAACAAACAAAUAUUUAUUCAACCAAACUGUAUUAGAGAUGGAUGGAAAAGUGGUGUCUUGUGCAGAGACAAAGAUAUUCUACUCCCAGUAUGUGGUAUCAUCAGUUCACCGGUAAAAGAUCAUCCUUCAUUUGUCAGCUGAAGAAACGUACCUUGGAUUUGAGCUGCAGUGGAAUCCAGAACUGAACCUCCCAAACACUGAAAGAACUGAGAUUCAUGCACAAACUUCAUGGCACUGGUCUCUCCUUUUUUUUUUUUUUUUUUUUUUUUUUUUU